ACAACGCAGUAACGAUAGUGGACUUUCUGCAUCAAGCUGAAGCAGAGAAGAUAAUCCAGGCUCUCGGAGAUACCUCGAAAGGUUUGUGCUCAUCAUUCAUCAUUCCUAGUCAUUCUAGGACCUCAAUCGAUUAUCCAGACCUUCAAUUCCUUCUACUAUGGCAGAAAAUGCUCGUGGAGACUCAUAGAAGGGGUGAUAUUCCUUCCAGUCAAGUAUUAUCGGGUGGACCUGCGCGACCUACCGCAAGUGGCUCGUUUUUGUCAGGAGUUGAAAAGUUCCAGUGCGCGUGUCGAUAUACUUUUUUUAAUGGUUUGUUCCCCCUAGAUCAUCCUCAGAAUCUAUGACAAUCGCUCUGAAAAUUUUCACUGACCGGACACGCUCGGGGUUCUAGCGGGAAUUAUGCACGUGCCGUACGAAUUGUGCGGCGGAUUCGAGUCUCAGUUCGUGGUAUCGUAUCUCUCCCAUUGUCUGAUACUCAGCGAACUGUAUUCCGUGCUGCCGGCCAGCUCCCGAAUUGUCUUCGCGAGCUCCGUGUGUCAUAAGCCGGGCUACAUAAAUCUCAAGGAUCUACACGGAAAGCAGGCGUACUCCGCACACCUUGCUUAUUGCCAAGCGAAACUAUGUCAGGUGCUUCUCGCGAAGUACCUUUCUUCUAAAAUGAGCAUCAACACAGUACACCCAGGCGUGGUAGACACGGGGCUCUACCGUCAUGUUUUCAUAAAGAACAUCCUCGCACCGAUUAGCAUCAUGAACACUACCGAAGCUGCCUUAUGCCCGACGUAUGCUCUCUUGAGUGAGGAGAUGAAUGGGAAAUCAGGAGAAUAUCUGGAGUUCUGUAGAACGGUCAGAGCGACUGAGAAAUCAUUCGACGAGAAAACGCAACGCAAACUAUUUGAAAGCACAGUCGAACUCUUGAAGCCAUACACGAACUUCGCCAAACUCGAUGUGUCCUCAUCUGUCAGCUAAGAACCCACUCAUCGUCCGGCACGGUCGCUUCUGUCCCAGAACUCAUUGCCGCCCAUUGCUCAUGCUGACAUUCUAUGCGGGGGGUCAUGGGAAUUCUCUAGAUAUUCGAGUAAGCCUGUCCAUACUUUUCAUGACGAACAGAGAAUAAUGCUGACAUGUAUGCCCUGUGGGUGUUU